GGGCUCUGUUUCUUUCGUAAAAUAAUAGUUUUUUUAUUUUUCUUUUCUCUGUUUGAUGCAUUCAGAAAAAGUACCCAACUCACCUGGUCACCUCAAAUGAAAAAUUAAGUAAAUUUUCUUGGAUUAAGUAAGUUCUUCCAAUUUUCUAUAAUCCAAGGAAGAAAAAGAAGAGAAAAAGUUAUUUACUUUAUGUUCAAAAGGAAAGGGGACAUUAUUUACUUCCACUGUAUUAAUGUAAUUUAAAAUUGAUAAUUGAACAACCAUUUUAAAUAUCAUAACUGCAAACUGUAUGAAUUAUUUAAUAGUGGAGUAUAACGUACCGAAACAGACAAUCAGGUGGUGUUUUUUAUAUUAUUAUUUUUUCGGCCUGUUCUUACUCUAGUAUAUAUGUGUAUGAUAAAAGGUAGACACAUUUGUUGAGCUGAAACUGCAUCCCUCUCCACCACUUUCUGCAUUUUAUACAGCCCACUACUGCUGCUUAUCCUUUUCCUGCUAUAUUAUUUCCGAUAAUAUUUCCAUCUCCAUGGAAUCAACAUCAUCUCCAAGUAGUAACGGCAAUGGAAAUAAUGGCCACUGCUCCUCCUACGACAUUAUCCGUUGGUUCGAUGAUGUGUCGGAGAAUGCUGGGAAAGUACAGACGGGGACUCUUCGCCGGAUUCUUGAGCUCAAUUGCGGUGUAGAAUAUCUCAAGAAAUGGUUGGGAGAUAUCAAAAUCCAAGAAAUGGAUGCUUGUGCAUUGGAAUCUUUAUACACUUCUUUGGUCCCUCUUGCUUCUCAUGCAGAUUUGGAUCCUUAUAUUCAAAGGAUUGCGGAUGGGGACACUACUCCUUUACUCACUCAACAGCCUAUAGCAACACUCUCCUUAAGCUCUGGAACUACAGAAGGAAGACAGAAGUAUGUUCCUUUCACUCGCCAUAGCUCUCAAACUACUCUCCAGAUUUUCAGCCUUGCAGCUGCUUACAGAUCAAGGGUUUAUCCAAUAAAAGAAGGAGGGAAGAUCUUAGAAUUGAUAUAUAGCAGCAAACAGUUCAAAACAAAAGGAGGAUUAACAGUAGGAACAGCAACAACCCACUAUUAUGCAAGCGAAGAGUUCAAGAUCAAGCAAGAAAAAACCAAGUCAUUCACAUGUAGUCCACCAGAAGUAAUUUCAGGUGGAGACUACAAGCAAACCACCUAUUGUCACCUUCUACUUGGUCUCUUCUUCUAUGACCAAGUAGAGUUCAUUACCUCAACCUUUGCCUAUAGCAUAGUACAAGCCUUUAUCUCAUUUGAAGAGCUCUGGAAAGAGAUAUGUGAUGACAUCAGAGAAGGAAGUUUAAGUUCCAGAAUUACUUUGCCUAAGAUGAGGAAAGCUGUGUUGGAUAUAAUUUCUCCAAGUCCAUGUUUAGCUUCAAGGAUUGAGGACAACUGCAAGAAGCUAGAAAAUCUAGAUUGGCUUGGUUUGAUUCCAAAGCUGUGGCCUAAUGCAAAGUAUGUGUACUCUAUAAUGACAGGAUCUAUGCAACCUUACUUGAGAAAGCUAAGGCACUAUGCCUGUGGUCUAGCAUUAGUGAGUGCUGAUUACGGAUCUACAGAGAGUUGGAUUGGGGUUAAUGUGGAUCCCUCUUUGCCUCCAGAGAAUGUUACUUUUGCUGUAGUACCCACUUUUUCUUACUUUGAAUUCAUGCCACUUUAUAGACAAAAUAAAGAUUUCAGUUCAGCCAUUGAUGAUUUCAUAGAAGAUGAGCCAGUACCACUUUCUAAAGUCAAGCUUGGACAAGAGUAUGAGAUUGUCCUCACUACUUUUACUGGGUUAUAUAGAUAUAGACUAGGGGAUGUCGUGGAAGUGGCUGGUUUCCACAAGGGGACUCCAAAACUGAACUUCAUAUGCAGGAGAAAGCUGAUACUGACAGUAAACAUUGACAAGAACACUGAAAAAGACCUUCAACUAGUGGUGGAGAGAGGGUCUCAGCUGCUAAGCAAGACAAGAGCAGAGCUUGUAGAUUUUACAAGCCAUGCUGAUGUUGGCAAUCAACCUGGUCACUACAUAAUUUACUGGGAAAUCAAAGGCGAAGUAGAAGAAGGAGUUCUUGGAGAAUGUUGCAGAGAAAUGGAUGAAUCUUUUGUUGAUCAUGGUUAUGUUGUAUCAAGAAAAGCACAUUCAAUUGGACCACUCGAGCUUUGCAUUGUGGAGAGAGGGACUUUCAAGAAAAUCUUGGAUCAUUUUAUUGGAAAUGGGGCUGCACUCAGCCAGUUCAAGACACCUAGAUGCACUAGCAAUCAAGUUCUUCUAAGAAUUCUAAAUGUUUGUACCAUUAAAAGGUUUCACAGUACAGCAUAUGGCUAGUAUAUAUUACUUGUUGUUAGAAAGUUGAUGAUAUAGUUCUUCCUUCUCAUAUAUCAGUUGAUUAAAUUAUUACCAAGACUGGUAUUAUUGUAGACUAACAUGUGUAAACAUAUUAAUUUUAGCUUCUA